AAAAAAAAAAAAAGAAAGAAGAAGAGAAAAAACAGAAAAGAAGCUCAGAAAAGUUGCAGAAACAAAGGAAAAACAACGCUACCUUCUCUCUUUCAUUUUUUUCUGCAUUUCUUUUGUUUCUCAAAUUGAUCAUCAAAUAACUUUAAAGUUUCUCAGAUCACCAAAUUACAGUUUCUCUAACUUGGAUCUUUUACAUAUCACUCUCCAAUUUCAUCUGAUUCACUUUUGAAGAAGAAAAAAAAAAAAGAGAAAAGGUGUAAUGGGACAAGCCUUUCGCAAGCUAUUUGAUACCUUUUUUGGAAACUCUGAGAUGAGGGUUGUGAUGCUGGGGCUUGAUGCUGCUGGGAAAACCACUAUAUUGUACAAGCUGCAUAUAGGAGAAGUUCUAUCCACAGUUCCUACUAUUGGUUUCAAUGUAGAAAAAGUACAGUACAAGAAUGUGGUUUUCACUGUGUGGGACGUUGGUGGACAAGAGAAAUUAAGGCCACUCUGGAGGCAUUAUUUCAAUAACACAGAUGGACUGAUUUAUGUAGUUGACUCUUUGGAUAGAGAGAGAAUCGGAAAGGCAAAGCAAGAGUUUCAGGCUAUCAUCAGAGAUCCAUUUAUGCUUAAUGCUGUCAUCUUGGUUUUUGCUAACAAGCAGGACAUGAAAGGAGCAAUGACUCCAAUGGAAGUGUGUGAAGGCCUUGGUCUUUAUGAUCUUAAAAACCGAAAAUGGCAUAUACAAGGCGCAUGUGCUCUUAAAGGGGAUGGCCUAUAUGAGGGACUGGACUGGUUAUCGAGCACUCUGAAAGAGCUCAAGGCCGCUGGGUACUCUUCAGUGGGCACUUCAGCCUUCUGAUUGAUCAGGUCUAGAACUAUUUUGAGGGACAAAGCUCAAUGCCCUGCCAUCUGUAAAUUGGAACACCUGAACUCUCAUCGAACAUUUUUACUUGUUCUUUCGGGUCUGUGCUUUUGUGCAGUGGAAUACAAUAGGCACUUGAUUCCUGGCCUAGGGCGAGGCUUGAAUUUUUGAUUCUGUUGUACUCAUAUGGGCCUUGCAAUUGGUCUUCCACGUACACUACAAUUGUGUCUGUUGAUACCUACUGUAGUAUUUUAAGUAUGUAUACUUCCACAUGAAAUAGUUGAUUGUUGAUCUCCCUAACAAGCAUGCCAAAUCGAUCCA